UCAGGCACAACGGUGAAGUGCGCUCUUGAAAAGGAGUGCCACACUCACAUGGGGUUGUGUGGAUCAUGCUCACACAAGGGCUCUUUUUUAUUUGCAUAGUUACUGUCGUGUGGACUUAUGAGAAGACAUGGGGAUGCGAGUUCAUUGGAAAAUGAAUCUCAGGAUAACCAAUAUAUGUUUGGUUCUGAUGAGGUUGUUGGUCCCCAAGUUCCGACACAAGCUCAGUCUAUUGUUGAAGGUUCUGCCACAGUGGUUGUAUCAGAGUACAAGCCAAUUCCGGAUAUUGAUUAUUUACAGGAAUUAUUGGCCAUCCAGCAGCAAGGACCUAGAGCAAUUGGCUUCUUUGGGACACGGAAUAUGGGAUUCAUGCAUCAGCAGCUUAUUGAGAUUCUAAGUUAUGCUAUGGUGAUCACGAAAAAUCAUAUCUAUACUUCUGGAGCAUCAGGAACUAAUGCGGCUGUUAUAAGAGGAGCUCUAAGAGCAGAAAAGCCAGAGCUGCUAACUGUAAUACUACCACAGUCUCUCAAGAAGCAACCACCUGAGAGCCAGGAAUUGCUGGCGAAGGUCAAAAACUUGAUUGAAAAGCCACAGAACGAUCAUCUGCCAUUACUCGAAGCUAGCAGGUUGUGCAAUAAAGACAUCCUCUCACAUGUACAGCAAGUCAUAUGCUUUGCAUUUCAUGAUAGUAAAUUGCUCAUGGAGACUUGCCAGGAAGCAAAGAACCUCAGAAAAAUAGUUACUCUGUUCUACUUAGAUUGAGUGCUACCUUCAAAAACAGCAUCAGCGUUGUCAUUUUUUGGUUACAGGUUCCUUUCAUCCCCGCUGUUCUCUUAUUUUGAUUCAAAAUCUACAUGUAAAAGAGAGAUUUUCUUUGUGCAAUGUAGUUCUAUUUCAUUACUUGCUCGUUGAAUAAGUUAGUUCAAGGAAGAUGAUUCUUAGUUUUUUUUAU